AUCCUCUGGAUUCACGUACCUUUCUGAGGUGGGGCAAUAUGGUGAAUCAGUUCCAAUAAAAAAAUACGGUGAAUCGGUAAGAUUCAUUGUUCCUCUUAUACAGACAUGCAAAACACCACCCUGCACGUUUACAAGAACAGAAUGGACAAAUAAAAUUUGCCCCCACUGAUGUUUACAUAUUUAAGCACUGAGCCACUCAUUAUUCUGUGGUGUAUUUUCGACGGUUCAUCCCUCGGCCAUCACAUUUUUUCUCACGUGGGAAUCUUCUAGUUCUUGCGGAUUUGAUUAAAUUUGGGUUGGGGAGUUUCUGUUAUAUGCCCCAUUUCAGUGACAUCAUCCAUUCUGGCAAAAUUCCCUCUAUUCUUGGUUUGAUUCAGCUUUAUAUUCAUGCUCUCUUGCAUUCAAAUUUGCGUAGAUCAUACAAGGUAAUAGCGCCAUUUCUGGAUGGUUUCUCUCUUCUUUCUUUGGUUUUCUCAGGGGAAUAUAUUUUCAGCCAUAUGAGGUAUUUUCCCUAUUUUGCCCUAGGCCUAUAAUGUCACUGGAGGCUCUACAUUGCUGGAGCUUGAUACUUCUCUUUUAUGCCUUUGAUCCUUACAGCAGUCAACCAAACGGGUGCCCUAAAGAUUUGAUGUGGGUUUAAUUUCGAUUUUUUUUUGCUGAAAUCAGUCCCGAGUUUCUUAUAUUUGCCCCAAGUCAUUGUAUUCUGGUUUUGUGAUUUGGCCUUUCACGAGGGUAUAAAAUAUAUCGUUCCUAUUCGGUUCAGUUCAUUGUAAUUUUCUGAUUUCACUGGAGGAUAUUUUAUUUGAUUGCUCACAAGAAAGCUAAACGUUAAUCGUCCCUAUAUUUGCUCUGGCACUCCCUUUUCUCAAUUUUCUGUUAUUCAUUGUCUUUUCCUUCCCCAUUUUCUAAAAUGAUUGUGCAUUUUGAGAACACCUACUCUCCUAUUUCUGGUCUGGCUUCACCUUUUCCAGUCGCAGAGAAGUUUUCUACUCGGGGAAAGAUUCCGAACUUUGCAUCAGCUAAAGGUUUUUCUUACAGGCAUUUGGCAUCUUCGAAGAGGAAUCUGUUACUCUCAUAUGCUAAAACAAAAUCUUUCAAAAACAGAGGGAGGAUCGUUGUAAAUGCACAGAAUGAAGAUCCCAAUAGUGAAGAUCAAAUGUCAGAUGGAGCUAUGCAAGCUACUGUACAACAGAGUAAGAAGGUGCUGGCUAUGCAGAAGGAGCUCCUCAAGCAGAUUGAAGAUCGGAGGAAACUUGUUUCAUCAUUAAAGGAAGCCAAACAAGGGUGGUCCCUUAAGAAGGAUGUAGGUUAUGAGGGAGACCAAGCAUCAGAAAAGAUUGAAGAGGAGUUUAAGGAACAAGUUGGUGAUUCAAAGCGUGCAAAGGAUUCUUCAGAAAGUUUGUCAACAAAAGCUUCUGCAGAAAUUCUUUUUGAAAACCAACCUAACAUCAAGACAUCAGAGGCAAUGGAAUUUUCUAGACAUGCUUCUGCAACAAAAGCUUCAGCGGAAACUGUUUCUGAAAACCAAGCCUUGUCAGAAGUCAUACAUAACAUCAAGGCAUCAGAGGCAGUGGAAUUUGCAGGACAGGCUUCUACACCCUCUCCCUUGAGUGCAUCUAAAAUGGAUUUGUCAACAUCCUCAGCUCUACCUCACACAUUUGUACUAGAAAGUAAUGAUCUGCAGUAUUCUGAGGUUCAACAAGAACCAAAAGCAAAGACUGAUGAGAAAGCAGAAAUCGCAGCAGCACCUAAUGUGGGAGAUGCAAAGCCCCCUCCAUUGGCUGGAACAAAUGUGAUGAAUAUUAUACUUGUAGCUGCAGAGUGUGCUCCUUGGUCUAAAACAGGUGGAUUGGGAGAUGUGGCGGGUGCUCUACCAAAGGCUUUAGCUCGACGUGGACAUAGAGUGAUGGUUGUGGCUCCUCGUUAUGGUGAUUAUCAAGAAGCUACUGAUGCAGGAGUUUGCAAAAGAUAUAAGAUACAUGGGCAGGAUAUGGAAGUUCGAUAUAGCCAGGCUUAUAUCGAUGGUGUGGAUUUUGUAUUUAUCAAUAGUCCCACAUUUCAGGGGUUUCAAAACAACAUCUAUGGGGGAAAUCGAGAGGAUAUUUUGAAGCGUAUGGUCCUUUUUUGCAAAGCUGCAGUUGAGGUUCCUUGGCAUGUACCUUGUGGUGGUGUAUGUUAUGGGGAUGGUAACUUGGUCUUCAUUGCCAACGAUUGGCACACUGCACUUUUACCAGUUUAUCUUCAGGCAUACUAUCGGGAUCAUGGCUUGAUGCAGUAUACCCGAUCUGUCCUAGUGAUCCAUAACCUAGCACAUCAGGGACGUGGGCCAUUGGAUGAUUACAAGUUUCUAGAUUUGCCAGAACACUAUCUUGACAAUUUCAGGCUUUAUGAUCCUGUUGGAGGAGAACACUUGAAUAUUUUCUUGGCUGGACUAAAGACUGCCCAUCGAAUCGUUGCAGUAAGCCAUGGCUAUGCUGGGGAAUGUCAAACAACUGAAGGAGGAUGGGGUUUACAUGAAGUAAUCAAGGAGAAUUCAUGGAAACUAAGAGGAAUUGUGAAUGGAAUUGAUGAUAAGGAAUGGAGUCCAGAAUUAGAUGUCCAUCUCAAGAAUGAUGGUUAUGUUAAUUAUUCUAUAGAAACACUUGAAACUGGCAAGCCUGCAUGUAAAGCUGCAUUGCAAAAAGAGCUUGGUUUGCCUGUGCGCUCUGAUGUGCCAUUGAUAAGCUUCAUUGGCCGUUUAGACCAUCAGAAGGGUGUAGAUAUUAUUGCAGAGGCUAUGCCUUGGAUGGUUGAACAAGAUCUACAGUUAGUGAUGCUAGGUACAGGAAGAGCUGACUUAGAGAACAUGUUACGCUCAUUUGAGGGUCAGUACAGGGAUAAAGUCCGUGGCUGGGUGGGAUUCUCAGUAACAACAGCUCAUCGCAUAACAGCAGGGUCUGACAUUUUGCUAAUGCCAUCAAGAUUUGAGCCAUGUGGUCUGAACCAGCUUUAUGCCAUGCGAUAUGGAACCAUCCCAAUUGUCCAUGCUGUAGGGGGUCUGAGAGACACUGUGAAAGCUUUUGAUCCAUUCUCAGAGACUGGUCUUGGCUGGACUAUUGAUCGUGCAGAAUCAUCGUGUUUGAUCCAUUCUCUUGGUAAUGCAUUAUGGACAUAUCGCGACUUUAAGGAAAGCUGGCUUGGAAUUCAAAAACGUGGAAUGAGUCAAGACCUUAGCUGGGACAAUGCUGCACAGCAAUAUGAGGAGGUUCUUUUAGCUGCAAAAUAUCAAUGGUGAUUUAAUCUUGUUACAGUGUAUUUUUUAAGAUAUCAUGGCACCGAUAUGAUUAUUACCAUGAAAAGCAUGCCUACAUCUUUGAGCUUUAACAACACUUUCCAUAUCUUCACCACAAAGUAAGCUCCAUUGUAAAUAUUUGAAACGCAAUAGCAAGGAGAUCAGACACUUGCACUGA